AUGUUCAACUCUCGACUCUGUAAUACGUACUUCAAGAAAAAGGACAUUCAUAAAGUUACGUGCCAGCACCCACGUUCACAGCACUGGCACUGUAUUGAUUAUGUGAUCACCCGGCAGCGGGAUUUUCAGCGCUGUACAGAUUGCCGUGUGUACCGGUCUGCUGAGUGUGGGACCGAUCACAAACUUGUUGGGCUAACGCUGUCACUUGUUUGCCGCCGGCGUUUCUACCCGCCAAAGAGCAAGGCCCCUGAUCGCCGUCGCUUUGAUGUAUCCCAACUCGGACCUGCUGACCCAACUGCAUCAGAGGAUGAUGAUUUAGUAAGGCAAGCAACUGUGGCGGAGUGGUACCAUACCUCAUCCGACUGUCUGCAAGACGCUGCACCAGGGACCUCAGUUCAGGAUCAAUGGAGUUCACUACGGGACGCCACAGUUAAAGCAGCUACCUCUGUCCUAGGCAAGAGUCGCCGUCGUCAGCCAGAUUGGUUCUCAGCCAGUUCCGCCACUCUCGAGCCUCUCCUUGCACAUCGUAACACUCUAUUCCAGAAAUCUUUAGCAGAUCCAUCACCUCUGGUCCGGCAAGAGUUUGUCCGCGCGCGCUCAGCUGCAAGGGAUGCUGUACGCAGUGCUAAGGAGGACUGGUUCCGUAAGACUGCGUCUGAUGCCGAAUCUAGGAAGUUUGGGUGUAAGGCUGUGUGGAACAGCAUCCGGGAUCUACAGACUGCCCGGCGCGGAUUGAUUCCCACUAAGUCGUGCCUGAUCAAACAGACUGAUGGCUCACCAUGCUCGUCCGUUGAGGCACAGCAGAACCGCUGGUCUGAACAUUUCGAAAAGCUGCUGAACCUUCCAAGCGGCUUUGUCCGAUCUGAAAUUGACAUGGUCCAGCAGCGCAACAUCAUGGAACACCUGGCCACCCCACCCACUGCUGAAGAGGCCCAGCGCUGCCUUCGCUAUCUUACGAACGGGAAAGCUGCUGGAAGCUCCGGCAUUCUACCGGAAAUGGUCAAAUACAACUGCGACCUAUUCUAUGCCAAUCUGUUUAAGCUCAUUACCGCGGUUUGGGAGGAGGGCGUAGUACCGCAAGAUUGGGUGAAUGCUGAGAUAAUACCGAUACCCAAGAAGGGUGACCUCACUAGCUGCGACAACUGA